AUGGCCGGUAAUCAAGCUGUUGAAAUCAAUCCUGCAAACUUAGGAAUUGGUAUAACUGAUCAUGGAUCAGAUUGGUUUUGGACUGUUUUUUCAAUCUUUGGAUUAAAUUCAUUAAUUCAUGCAGGAUUUUAUAUUAUUUAUAAUAGAUCCAAAAAUUCAGAUUCCAAGUAUAAAUCUUUAGCUCAUGUUGCUCCAUUAGGUAUUAGUGCCAUCUUGGCUUAUACUUAUUAUACAUUAGCUUCAAAUUUAGGUUGGACUGGUGUUGAAACUGAAUUUAAUCAUAUUGAAAUUGAUGAUAAUGUAAGACAAAUUUUUUAUGCAAGAUAUAUUGGUUGGUUUUUAUCAUUUCCUUUAUUAUUUUAUCAAUUUGAAUUUAAUUUAUUAUCUCAAAAUAUCUUGACAUCUGCUGAUUUUUUCCAAAUUUUUAAUAAAUUAUUUUUAACUAUUGCAUCAACUGAAGUUUUCGUUUUAGGGUUAUUAAUUGGUUCUUUAAUUAAAUCAACUUAUAAAUGGGGGUAUUGGACAUUUGGUGUUUCUGCUCAAAUCUUCACCAUUAUUGUCUUUACAACAAAGCAAUUCAAUUCAAAUAAUGGUUCAAAAAGUUUGUUAUCAAAAUUAUUAAUCCCAUUCUUUAUAAUUGUUUAUAUUUUAUAUCCAGUUAAUUGGGGGUUAAGUGAAGGUGGUAAUGUUAUUCAACCAGAUUCAGAAGGUGUUUUCUAUGGUGUUUUAGACUUGGUCUUGUUUUGGUUAACCCCAUAUGCUUUAAUUUUUGAUUCACGUAAGAAUGGUUUAUUUGUUGAUUCAAAUAAUUUACCAAAUACUAAUAAUGGUAAUAAUGAUUUGGAAAAACAAGUUGAAACACCUGAAUUAAGAGCAUCUGGUGAAACUGAAGUUAAUCCAACUGAAGAUCAAGAUGCUGGCCAAUUGGAAACUCAACGUCCAGCAAACACCAAUGCUUAA